AUGUCAGUUUCGGACAGAUCAUGCCCCGUUCGGGGCGUUGGGGGCGUUGCUGGAAGGAUCCCUCGAGGCGUCGACGCGGAGGAGUGGCUACAGAUGAGGGAACGGAAGUCAAUAAACCAUGUCCUCUACUCCAAGUACCCAUCGACCCAAGAGAUUGACACGGUCAAGAGCCAAGCCGAGAUGGAUGCCUUCAAUGUUAACGAACAAGACUUACUUGCUGUCGCCCUUGGUGCACCAGCCAGACAAGUCAUGCUCAGAGCCGAGGAGAUAGGGCCACAAACUGGUUGGAGGGACGGUUAUCUCAGCACAGAGCAUGGAUUCUGCCCACCUGAUUACGAUGAGGCUGCGGGUGCCCUAGCCAGAUCUCCAGGGCGUGUGUGGUCCGACCUCUGUGAGAGGAUGCCUGGUUGUGUUUCUCGUGGCCGAGUAAGAGAGUCGAUCGCAGCCGCACCAGUUAUUGAAGGUACCGAAGACAUUAUCCCGGACCAGGCACUCUGGGCAGCCCUCGUCGCCCUAGGCAUGCUCUGCUCUAUCUACCGCUUCGAGCAGAAGUAUGAUGGAAACGAGGGGGUCAACGCUACAACCAACCCGACGAAGUUGAAACUGAGCUGCAAGAUGGGUGAUUAUUUAGGAGAAGAACUUGUCGGCAUUCCUCUCAGCAUUGCUCUUCCCUACUUCCAAGUGUCUCGCCGCAUGGGUAGGACCCUCCCGCACCUCACUUUCGUUGACCAAUCUUCCUACAACUUGAAGAUUAAGGACGUAACGUCAAGCUACCCCUACGUCGCUCGGUUCGACAACAUGGAGCUUAGAUGGCCCAUGUUUGGCGAACGUGCUGAAGUAGCUUUCUUGAAGGGAGUUGCAGAGACAUCCGGUCAGUUUUGA